CUAGCAACCGGGGAAGCCGGGCUGUGAAGCGGGCAAUUUCAGUGUGAGUCUGAGCCGCGAGACCGAGCGGCGGCUCUGAGCGCGGCGCGGCGGCUCCUCCCGCCCGGGGUCAGCGCCCCGGCGCGCGCACGCGCACCCCCGCCGCUCGAGCGCGUCCCGCGCCGCCCGCGCAGUCGGUGGGUCGGUCGUCUGUCCUGUCGCCGCCGCCGCCGCCGCGGCCGCCGCCGGCGCCACCUGAGGGAGUCGCCUCCGCGGGACGCCACAGGACCUGACCGGACUGCGCCGCCCGAGGUCGUCCCGUGUCCCGGCCGCCGUCGGCGAGGGCGCGGAGCAACUUCGGUUGGUCAGCACGUUGUCUCAAGUAGCCUUUUGACGUCGCUGUGGCCAUGGCCAACUGGUAGGACCAGCACCCCAUACCCCGAAGCCAGUUCAGAAUGACCGAAGAAGCAUGCCGAACACGGAGUCAGAAACGAGCACUUGAACGGGACCCAACAGAGGACGAUGUGGAGAGCAAGAAAAUAAAAAUGGAGAGAGGAUUGUUGGCUUCAGAUUUAAACACUGACGGAGACAUGAGGGUGACACCUGAGCCGGGAGCGGGUCCAGCCCAAGGAUUGCUGAGGGCAACAGAGGUCACGGCCGUGGCCAUGGGCAGAGGCGAAGGGCUGGUGGGCGAUGGACCCGUGGACAUGCGCACCUCACACAGUGACAUGAAAUCCGAGAGGAGACCUCCCUCACCCGACGUGAUUGUGCUGUCCGACAACGAGCAGCCCUCGAGCCCGAGAGUGAAUGGGCUGACCACGGUGGCCUUGAAGGAGACUAGCACCGAGGCCCUCAUGAAAAGCAGUCCUGAAGAACGAGAAAGGAUGAUCAAACAGCUCAAAGAAGAGUUGAGGUUAGAAGAAGCAAAACUCGUUUUGUUGAAAAAGUUGCGGCAGAGUCAGAUACAAAAGGAAGCCACCGCCCAGAAGCCCACAGGUUCUGUCGGGAGCACCGUGACCACCCCUCCCCCGCUUGUUCGGGGCACCCAGAACAUUCCUGCUGGCAAGCCAUCGCUCCAGACCUCUUCAGCUCGGAUGCCCGGCAGCGUCAUACCCCCGCCCCUGGUCCGAGGUGGGCAGCAGGCGUCCUCGAAGCUGGGGCCACAGGCGAGCUCGCAGGUCGUCAUGCCCCCACUCGUCAGGGGGGCCCAGCAAAUCCACAGCAUUAGGCAACAUUCCAGCACAGGGCCACCGCCCCUCCUCCUGGCCCCCCGGGCGUCGGUGCCCAGUGUGCAGAUUCAGGGACAGAGGAUCAUCCAGCAGGGCCUCAUCCGCGUCGCCAAUGUUCCCAACACCAGCCUGCUCGUCAACAUCCCACAGCCUACCCCAGCAUCACUGAAGGGGACGACAGCCACCUCCGCUCAGGCCAACUCCACCCCCACUAGCGUGGCCUCUGUGGUCACCUCUGCCGAGUCUCCAGCAAGCCGACAGGCAGCCGCCAAGCUGGCGCUGCGCAAACAGCUGGAGAAGACGCUACUCGAGAUCCCCCCACCCAAGCCCCCAGCCCCAGAGAUGAAUUUUCUGCCCAGCGCCGCCAACAACGAGUUCAUCUACCUGGUCGGCCUGGAGGAGGUGGUGCAGAACCUACUGGAGACACAAGCGGGCAGGAUGUCGGCUGCCACUGUGCUGUCCCGGGAGCCCUACAUGUGUGCACAGUGCAAGACAGACUUCACGUGCCGCUGGCGGGAGGAGAAGAGCGGCGCCAUCAUGUGUGAGAACUGCAUGACGACCAACCAGAAGAAGGCGCUCAAGGUGGAGCACACCAGCCGACUGAAGGCUGCCUUCGUGAAGGCGCUGCAGCAGGAGCAGGAGAUUGAGCAGCGGCUCCUGCAGCAGGGUGCAGCCCCUGCACAGGCCAAGGCCGAGCCCGCUGCCGCCCCACACCCCGCGCUGAAGCAGGUCAUAAAACCCCGGCGUAAGUUGGCGUUCCGCUCAGGAGAGGCCCGCGACUGGAGUAACGGGGCUGUGCUACAGGCCUCCAGCCAGCUUUCCCGGGGUUCGGCCACAGCUCCCCGAGGUGUCCUGCACACGUUCAGUCCAUCACCAAAACUGCAGAACUCAGCCUCAGCCACAGCCCUGGUCAGCAGGACCGGCAGACAUUCCGAGAGAACCGUGAGCUCCGGCAAAGGCAGCGCCACGUCCAACUGGAAGAAGACGCCCCUCAGCACAGGCGGGACCCUUGCGUUUGUCAGCCCAAGCCUGGCGGUGCACAAGAGCUCCUCGGCCGUGGACCGCCAGCGAGAGUACCUCCUGGACAUGAUCCCACCCCGCUCCAUCCCCCAGUCAGCCACGUGGAAAUAGUGCGAGCCAGGCCCCGUGGAAGACGGGCUCCCUCCUCCCCCACCUGGCCCCCAGUCUAGAAGGACCCACUGCAUCACCCUCCGCUGGCUCGGGAAGACACCGUGCCAGUCCCAAGAGCGAGCACCAGCCGUGCUGCAGAGGCGAGACCUCAAUUCUUGGCUGCAAAGUUUCAUCAGGGCUGGGGGGCUGGUGCCGCCUCAUAGGCGGACAAGGAUCAUCGCUGGGGGACCUUUCCCGUGGGCUUUCUUCCUUUCUCUCUUUGCCUUUAGUUUGCCCGACACCAGCAGAAAAGUGGACCUUGGGGGCUGGUUCUGCUCCCGGCCCCCUUGUUCGGCCCCUGCCGGCACACGGGCGGCUCACCCUGGACACUGUGAUGCGCAUGGGCAAGGCCAGCGCCCGGGGCUUCUGAACCGAGCGGGGCGUUUCGUUUUGUUUUUGCUUUUCCCCGUCUUAGGCUCCCGAUCUUUGACUGCCUUCCCAUGGCGAUCUGUAAGUUGAAAGAUUUUUUUUUAAUCACCUCAUGAUGAUGGAGUUAAAAGUAAACCGUGCAGACCCUGGGGUCCCUGUUGUGCGCUGUGUCGUCCUGCUGGCCCUGUGCCCUGGAGGGUGGGCGGCUUAUGGUGCCACAGCCCCUGGCAGGGACGGCCGGCCCGCCCCGGUAACUGAUGGACAGAUGCAGGAUGACCGAGGCAGCCCUCGCUCCAGCUGAACGCUUCCACUGCUGCUGGUUCUGGAGACCCCCGCCCCCGGACCUCCUAGACUUAGAAGAACAAACUGAAGAACAGACCCAGCCAGAGAAGCAGGGAUUCCAGAAGCUGCCCACAAAGGCCAGAAGCUGCCCAUGAAGGGAGGAGGAGAGGAUCUGGUCGGCAGCAGCCCCGAGCAGGAAGCUGGAGUGGGGACUGUUGCGGGGUUUUUCUGUUGUGGUUUAUUUUAUUAAAUUCUUUCCUUUUUUCUAUUCAUUUCGAUGGACGCAAUCUUAAGCCACCCUGGCCUUGUUCCUAGCAGGUGAAUGUGCACAGGUGUGUAGAGGUCGGAAGGCGCCGUCCAGGUGUGCGGCGAGCCACCACGCACACGACUUCAGGAUUUCCGUUUGGGUCUAGUUUAGAACCUGUCCUUAAACCUAGGGGUUGCUGUCAGGAUUUGCUUUCAGACUUUUUUUGGAACUCCCUUUAGAGUCUACAAAAAUGUUUUAAAAGGAUCAGGUCUGCUUUUAGUUUCAUUUUUGUUUCUUUCCCAUCCCACUCUUUAAAAACUGGAUCCAUGAGGAAAGGCAGAAGCCGUUCUGUGUCUCCUUCACGCUGGGCCGGCUUCUUGGCUGGUGCGAGGGCAUCCUGUGCCCACGUACAUGCAUGUGUCUCCGUGAGGACUGGGUUCCACCGGUCCCAAUUGAGCUCCAGCCCUGGUUUUUCUACCCAUGCAGUUAGGGAAUUUAAUUUAAUUUUUUUUUUUGUAGGGCCGCCGCCUUCAAAACUGCUACAACGUUCUAAUAAAGGCUCAUUUAACCCCCAGGCUCCUGUCGUGUGAAUAUCCUCAGUCUGUAGGAAACUUUUUUGAUACACCAUAGAAGACCUAGUUUUGGAAAAUAUCAUCUAAUUUUUUGUUGUGCAAACCCCCAAAUUUCUCACUGAUUUUUGUUUUUUUGUGCAUAACUUGGAUGGGCUGAAGAAGGUGAGGGCAGGGUGGGGAAGGGUGGCUUUCAUUCCAAGAUCCAGGGAUUUGGGGAAAAGGAAGGAAUUUGAUGUUUUUUGGGGUGGGAGGGGAGGGUGUGUUUUUUACACCAAAAAAAAAAAAAAAAAAAAAAAUUCAAGAGUAUGCAAGCAUUUCUAUUCUUCGCAUUUUUCUGUGUGCCUGGCAAAUAAAUACCUGUCUCCUACGACCCUGAGCUGUUAGCCCUCUCUGUUCCACGACAGGGGCCAGAUCUUCCAGCUCCUCCUGGAAGGAGCACCCAGGCUGGCUUCUUCCCACUGAAAGCCCUGCCCAGCAAAGCAACCUCAGUUCUAUGCAGUGGCUGGGGAUCAGGCAUCCAGGCCAAAGUCAUCUCUGCGUGCUGCAGCUUGGGUCAGCUGGGUCUGACCAGGGGGCCAGAUCCGAGCCGCACCCGCCGGCCCUCAGCCCCAGCUCCAGCUCCUGACCUCUCCCAGCCUGGCCCGGCUGUCCCUCCAGGGCUGAUGACUGUCAACCCGUCCUUAUGGACUGCUGCCCCUUGAAAGGGAGAGGGUCAGCCCCAGGUCCCCAGGGAGUAUUCCAUCAGGGACAACGUACAUACUGUGAUACAAUUUUUUUUUAUAGUUUCAGGGGGCAAAAGUGUGAGAUGCCUUAAUCUUUCCUUCAUUUCUGCUGUCUCGAGCACUCUAGCCCAUUAUUUCCUUUCAGUUCCUUGCAGCAUAACCUCUAUGAUAAGCCCCAAGCGGGUUGUUGUAUGAUGACGUUUAUGAUGUUCCAGGUGAAGGCAUUAUUAAGUACCUCUCUGGGUGUGGGAUUUGGAUUCAUCAGGAUAGCUAUUGAUUGAUGUUUAGGGUGUUCUACCCGCAGCAAAGCACACCCUCAAAACCGGCCAGUGCCUGGUCUUGGUCUCUCUUGAGAGCCCUACCAGGAUCAGGUUCCUGCAAGCCGUCAGAAUGUGGGAGCCCCCAGCCCAAAUGAUUGUAACUAUCCCCUGUUAUCUGUGACAUGAACCUCCAACAGCACCUGGAAACUUCGUUCUGUCGGCUGCCCUGUAGAGAGGGCUGGGGAGAUCUCAGAGUUCACACCUCACUUGUUGUAGUGGAGAUGGGGGGUAGGGUUUGGAAUGGCCAAGUGCCCUUGGAGCCUCCCACAGCUAUGGCCGUCUUGACCUCAUCCCAGGAACUCUACGGUGACAUCAAGAACCAUCUCUGACAAGGUCUGUAGCAGCCCUUCUCAGGGUGGAACAGUCCACAGUGCUAGUGGCUCCUGAUCUUUCCUGUAUCCGCGGACCUUGUUGAAGCAAAAACUUCAGGGCAGAGGGAAUGGGGCGACCCAGUGGCAGCCCCACUGGGCCCCGUGGCUGCCACUCUCCUAUUGGAUGCAGAGGCAGGGGAAAGACUUCUCUAUACAAAUAUUCUCAUCACAGGGGUCGCCAUCACAGAAGGGAUGAUCCUUGCUGCUCUGCCAUAGGGUUUUUGAUGCCGAGCUAUGCUGCAGAUGACGUUAACCUGAAGAACUUGGACUGAGCUUUUAAAAAAGGACAGCAAACAAUUUUAUAAUCCUUAAAGUGUAAUAGACGGUUACACUAGUGCAGGGUAUUGGGGGGGCUCUUCGGGGGUGGAGGCUGUCACUUGUAUUUAUUGUGACUCUAAAUCUUUGAUAGUAAAACAAAUGUAAAAAGAAAUGUUUGCCACCAGAUGGGAAUAGAAGUUCCAGUAAGCAGGCUGGAAUGGGUGGCUAUACGUUGUAUCACGAGGAAGUUUUAGACUCUGAAGGAUAAUAAAUGGAUGAUGUGUCAACUG